AGAACGAAUAUUUUCUACAACCAGAGUCUGAAAUGGUACAACUGCAGCUUUAAAUAAUUUGGCUUUGGCAGCUCCAUCAUUUUCUGAGGACUUGGAACGGAUUUGGGCUCUGCUUCUGCACUAUCCUAGAUAAUAAUGCCAUCCCUGCCUAAUGAGAGAGAUAACCAUCGAACUUCUCCUCUAACUUUGAGUUCGGAACUACCCUAUCAAAGCACAAUUAAAAGAAAAGUCAGAAAAAAGAAGAAUGGAGUCAUCACCGCAAAUGUCGCUGGCACAAAAUAUGAAAUUGUACGUGUAGUAAUACGAGAAAUGGGAUUUGUGACAACACGUGACGAGGAUGAAACAGCCAAUCUGAUAUGGAGUGAUUCUGCUGUGCAACAAGAAAAGAUUGCUGAACUUCGGAACUAUCAGAGAAUCAACCAUUUUCCAGGAAUGGGAGAGAUCUGCAGAAAGGAUUUUCUGGCAAGAAACAUGACUAAAAUGAUCAAGAAUCAGCCUCAGGAGUAUAGUUUUAUACCUCGAACAUGGAUCUUCCCUGCAGAAUACACACAGUUUCAGAACUACGUAAAGGAGCUGAAGAAGAAACGUAGACAGAAAACUUUCAUAGUCAAACCAGCUAACGGUGCAAUGGGACAUGGGAUCUCUUUAAUAAGAAAUGGAGAAAAGUUACAAGCUCAGGAUCACUUGAUUGUUCAGGAAUAUCUUGACAAACCAUUUCUUAUGGAAGGCUACAAGUUUGAUUUACGUGUGUAUAUUCUUGUAACCUCUUGUGAUCCAUUAAAAGUAUUUUUAUAUCAUGACGGCCUGGUGAGAAUGGGCACAGAAAAGUAUCAUCCCCCCAGUGACUCAAAUUUGAGUCAAUUAUAUAUGCAUCUGACUAACUACUCUGUCAAUAAACAUAAUGAACACUUUGAACGGGAUGAAACAGAAGACAAAGGAAGCAAACGCUCCAUAAAAUGGUUUACUGAGUUUCUAGAAACAAAUAAUCUUGAUGUCUCCAAAUUCUGGAGUGAUAUUUCAGAGUUAGUAGUGAAGACUCUCAUAGUUGCAGAGCCACACGUUCUCCAUGCUUAUCGCAUGUGCAGGCCAGGGCAAGCACCAGGAAGUGACAGUGUCUGCUUUGAAGUCCUGGGAUUUGAUAUUCUGCUGGACAGAAAACUAAAACCGUGGCUCCUAGAG